ACGUGGCGGGGCGGAUGUGUAGACCCUGCUGGGCCAGCUACCGAACGGACCCGAGGUGGGAGGCGGUGCUCGGUUUAGGAGUGCAAGUUUCCGCCAUGCCGCUGGAGCUGGAGCUGUGUCCCGGGCGCUGGGUGGGCGGGCAGCACCCGUGCUUCAUCAUUGCCGAGAUCGGCCAGAACCACCAAGGCGACCUGGACGUGGCCAAGCGCAUGAUCCGCAUGGCCAAGGAGUGUGGAGCUGAUUGUGCCAAGUUCCAGAAGAGUGAGCUGAAGUACAAGUUUAAUCAGAGAGCCCUAGAGAGGCCGUAUACUUCGAAACACUCCUGGGGGAAGACUUAUGGGGAGCACAAACAGCACCUAGAAUUCAGCCAUGCCCAGUACAAGGAGCUUCAGAGAUAUGCCGAGGAAGCCGGCAUCUUCUUCACUGCCUCUGGCAUGGAUGAGAUGGCAGUUGAGUUUCUGCAUGAACUGAACGUUCCAUUUUUCAAAAUUGGAUCUGGGGACACUAACAAUUUUCCUUAUCUCGAGAAGACAGCCAAAAAAGGCCGCCCCAUGGUCAUCUCAAGCGGGAUGCAGUCCAUGGACACCAUGAAGCAGGUCUAUCAGAUUGUGAAGCCCCUCAACCCCAACUUCUGCUUCCUGCAGUGCACCAGCGCAUACCCUCUCCUACCUGAGGAUGUCAACCUGCGCAUCAUCUCGGAAUAUCAGAAACUCUUUCCUGACAUUCCCAUAGGGUAUUCUGGGCAUGAAACGGGCAUAGCGAUAUCUGUGGCCGCAGUGGCUCUGGGGGCCAAGGUGUUAGAACGUCACAUAACGUUGGACAAGACCUGGAAGGGGAAUGACCACGCGGCCUCGCUGGAGCCUGGGGAACUGGCGGAGCUGGUGCGGUCUGUACGCCUUGUGGAGAGGGCCAUGGGCUCCCCGGUUAAGCGGCUGCUGCCCUGUGAGAUGGCCUGCAACGAAAAGCUGGGCAAGUCUGUGGUGGCCAAAGUGAAAAUUCCGGAAGGCACCAUUCUAACACUGGACAUGCUCACUGUGAAGGUGAGUGAGCCCAAAGGCUACCCUCCUGAAGACAUCUUCAGUCUGGUGGGCAAGAAGGUCCUGCUUACUAUUGAAGAAGAUGACACUAUCAUGGAGGAAUCAAUAGAAAAUCAUGGCAAAAAAAUCAAGUCUUGAAAUAAAGUGCUGUUUUCUGGA